AUGGAAGUCAAACACCCUACAGAGCCCAUUGCAAUCACUGGGUUUUCCUUUCGGAUGCCCCAGGAUGCUAUCGACGAGUCCGGCCUAUGGAAUAUCAUGGAGAAGGGACUGAAUGUCAAAACAAAAUGGCCGGCGUCUCGAUCCAAUCCAGAUGCAUUCCACGACAAUGGGUCGAAGAAUCCAAAUACACUACCCAGCCACUAUGCACACUUCAUGAAAGAAGAUCCGGGUGUGUUUGAUGCCCCCUUCUUCUCCAUAACGCCCAAGGAGGCUGCCUCGAUGAGUCCCAGGCAGCGUCAAGCAUUGGAAGUGGCAUAUCACACAUUUGAGAGCGCUGGUAUACCAAUGGAAGACCUUCGUGGAAGUCUGACGGCUGUAUACGGUGCGUCCAUGGCAGAUGACUGGACGCUCAUGUCGUCCAAGGAUGCCGAGAUGGUCCCACGAAUGAGUAUCACGGGGAAUGCAGCAAGCUUGCUGCCAAACAAGAUCAGCUGGUUCUUUGAUCUUCGCGGACCCAGUGUUCAUGUUGACACGGCUUGCUCAAGUGGUUUGACUGCAUUGGAUCUAGCAUGUCAGAGUAUCCUUUCCGGAAAUGCAAAGGCGGCUCUGGUAUUUGGAUCCAGCACUCUGUUGACCCCAGAAGCAUCCCUGCAUCUUGCAAAUCUAAACUUUCUUUCCCCUGACGGCUGUUGCUACAGUUUUGAUUCCCGGGCCAAUGGUUACGGCAGGGGCGAAGGCGUCGCAGCACUGUACUUGAAGCCUUUGCGGCAAGCCGUUAAUGACGGAGAUGUUGUGCGCGCCAUCGUGCGAGGGACCGCCUCGAACCAAGAUGGCAGGACCCCUGGACUUACCCAACCAAGCAGCGAUGCUCAGAUUGAGCUGAUCAGGCAUACAUAUGCGAAAGCUGGUCUAGAUCUGAAAAAGACUAGAUACGUUGAAGCACAUGGCACCGGCACGCCCAUGGGUGAUCCGCUUGAGGCAAGGGCAUGUGGAAGAACAUUCGGGGCGGAGCGGUCCCCCGAUGAGCCGCUGUACUUGGGCUCAAUAAAGGCAAAUAUAGGCCAUCUUGAAGGAUCUAGCGGCCCAGCAGGUGUCAUCAAGGCUAUCAUGAUGCUUGAACGAGGAAUAAUCCCUCCACAGGCACUCUUUGAAAGCUUGAACCCUGCUAUUGACGCUGCUACCCAUAAUAUCAAGAUCCCGACGGCGAUAACCCCGUGGCCUGAGCCGGGCGUACGUCGCAUUUCAAUCAACUCUUUUGGUUUUGGCGGAGCUAAUGCGCACGCCAUUCUCGACGAUGCUGUCCAUUACAUGCGAUCAAACAACCUGCAAGGUUUUCAUCAUUCCACUGAUGUUCCUGAGCUUGUGCCAUCCGGCCUCAACGGGCUCACCCGCUCGUCACAUUCCGCUGUCAACGGCGCGAUCCAUGGCGUUGAUGCGUCGGCCACUUCAGUGCCCCAACUACUAGUGUGGAGCGCGGUAGAUGAACCUGCUAUUCAACGCAUGCUCCAAUCGUACGCAGAGUACUAUACCAAACACAUUACCGGUCGACCCCGGAAGCUUGCGCAGCUCGCGUACACUUUGGCUGCGCGAAGAAGCAUCAUGUCGUGGAGGUCUUUUGCAGUACUGGAAGAUGACCUCGUUGCUCCAGGUCCCGAAGCCAUAGAUGAGGACUCUGCUACAAUAACGAAGCUGCCAACAGCGAAGCCACUACGCGUCAACCUCGGCAAGACUGAUAUCGCAUUUGUCUUUACAGGUCAAGGAGCACAGUACGCUGGCAUGGGACUAGAGUUAUUGCAUUACCCCAUCUUUGCAAAAAGCCUACAAAAGUCCGAUGAGAUCUUUAACAGUCUAGGAAGUGAAUGGUCUCUUCUUGUAGAUGCCAUAAAAGAUCAAGAGAAAAUUGCCACACCCGAGUACAGCCAGCCGCUUUGCACGGCGCUACAAAUUGCCCUGGUGGAUCUCCUCCGGAGUUUCAAUAUCCUUCCUGCGGCCGUUGUGGGCCACUCGAGCGGAGAGAUUGCUGCUGCAUACACGUCAGGGGCAUUAUCGCAUCACGACACUUGUAAAGUGGCAUACUUGAGGGGCAAGCUGGCUGGACAAUUGGCUCGACAACUCCAUAUAUCUGGGACUCCCGGUGCCAUGCUAUCAGCCAAUCUUUCCGAGGAUGAGGUGCCCACUUACUUGGAGAACCUAGGACUCAGUGCACCGGAUGAGGCCUCGGUCUGCCUGGCUUGUGUCAACAGCCCCAAGAAUGUCACGCUGGCGGGACCAGCAGACCUGAUCGACACUGUGAAGGCUGACCUCGACAAGAGAGGCGUCUUUGCUCAAAAGCUCAACACUGGACUUGCCUACCACUCUCCUGCCAUGCGUGCUAUCGCGCAGGAGUAUGCAAGCAAGAUCGGCCCGCUGGAAGCUGGAAAACAAUCUGGUAUCCGCAUGAUAAGCUCAGUGAGCGGGAAGCCGGUGCAGUCAGACACGUUGGCAUCGCCGCAGUAUUGGGUUGACAAUCUGGUAUCCACAGUGCAAUUCGCUGGGGCCUUGAAAGCCCUGACGACCCAGACGACUGCAAAACUUUCCGACAGCACAAGCGAACCACUGGUACUGACUGACUUGAUUGAGAUUGGCCCUCACGCGGCUCUCCGGCGACCUAUAAAACAGACAGCCCCACAACUUCGUUAUCAUGCUCUGCUGCAACGCUCAGCUUCACCGUUGCAGUCCACGUUGCACUUGGUCGGCAGCCUAUUCUGUCUCGGAUAUCCUGUCUCUGUCACCGCAGCAAACGGCCAAGAUCAGGGCAAAACCCCUUACUUGAUCGAUUGUCCAGCCUACCCCUUUGACCACAGCCGGAGGUACUGGGACGAAUCUCGCCUGAGCAAGGAUUGGAGACUGCGGGAGGGUUCUGGAGGAUUCUUGCUUGGCCGUCGAACACAUGACUGGAAUCCGUUGAGGCCAAGAUGGAGGAACUUGCUUUGCGUCGAGAAUGCUGCAUGGCUAGGUGAACACCACGUAACUGGCACGCUCGUGGUUCCAGGGACUGGGAGUCUCGUCAUUGCCUUGGAAGCUGCACGAGAUGUAGUUGCAAGUAAAAACCGUAAAAUCUCCGGUUUCAACUAUAAAAAUGUGGAGCUACUCUCUCCGCUUCGGGUUGGCCGCACAGCUCGAGACGCCGUGGAGAUGGAGGUCCAUCUCGACCAACACCAGCCAGCAGACGGAAAGGAAUCAACAUGGUUUCAAUUUCGCAUCUUUAGUCACAGCGACGGUCGUGUAACCAACACAUGUACGGGCCAAAUCCAGGUGCUCUUUGAAGAGGAAGCCACAAGUCUGUCUGCAUACGAGCGCAAGUUGGAGGACGAGAAAAUGCGCCGGCGAUCACGAGAGAUUCGCUCCCAUUGCACCCAGCCGCUCGACGUGCGAACAUUUUACAAACGCUUCCUCAAGUACGGGUUCCGCUAUGGUCCGUCGUUCACAGUGGUGAGUGACACGAUAUAUGAUCCAGUCGGACAAAUGUCAGCCGCUGGAAAAGUCAACUGGGACCCCGCUGCCCACGAGACAGCAGGUGAUAGUCCUGUUCACCCAGGAAUCCUUGAUGGAAUCUUGCAGGUCUUGCUGGCCACAGCACCAAAAGGGCUCAAGGGUACUUCGACCAUGAUUCCCCGGCGGAUCGAAAAGGUCUGGCUGUCGAACAGAAUUUGGUCCAAGAUGACUAAUGCGGUGCACGUCGCAAGUGCAUUAGCAGGAGCUGCCGAUGACGGGAACCCGUCUAUGAAUUUUUGGGCAUUGGCAGAUGAUGACACGCCGUUGUGUUCCGUGGAAGGAGUUCAGUGCACCGAGAUCUCUCGACCUGAUCAGCCCGAGGAUGAGCUGGUGGACAGGCGGCUUCUGUAUAGCAUUGACUGGAAGCCAAGGCUCAGUUCGCUCGCACCGGGGCAACUGCAAAACAUUUGUGACACAACAUCUGAGCGCUUGAAUAAUUAUGACUCGGAAUGCAAUAAGAUGGCGGCCUUUUUUCCCAAAGUCGAGUUGGCUCUACGGUCAGCGGCAAAAUCAGCUCUGCACACAGUGCCGGAGUCUUGUCUCAGCGACCUCCCAUCCUAUUUCAGCAAAUAUAUCGACUCUCUGAGAUGGCAAGGCACAAACCAAAGCGCAGAAGCAGCCAACGACAAGGACCUCAGCCCCGCGGCGCUAGAGGCCCUUUUGCAAGAAUGCGAGGUUGAAUACCCUCAGUGGCACCUCUUCCCUGCCAUUGCUCGCGCCCUGCCAUCCAUUCUCCGCAAGGAAACCGAUCCACUAGAGCUCAUGUUUGGAACGGGUGCCGCCAAGGCAUUCUACACCAAUGUGUACGGCAGCCACAUGCUCUCCGGCGGUUUCCAGACUUUUAUCAGCUUGGCUGCUCACGAGAAUCCUAGACUGAGAAUUCUGGAGGUGGGCGCAGGCACGGGAAGCUUUACGCGACACAUUCUCUCCACUCUACACGGCAUUGAGAAGGAGAGAGGAGGCACAGCAUUCGAAGAGUAUGUCUUUACAGAUAUCUCCACAUCCUUCUUUGCAAAUGCCCAAACCGAGUUCAAAGAUCACCUUGCAAGAAUGUCAUUCAAGCCGUGGAACGUUGAACAUGACGCGGGCGGAGAGCAGGGCGGGCUAGAAGCUGGGAGCUACGAUAUUAUUUUUGCCGGCAGCGUCCUGCACGCAACAUCAAGCAUUUCAAAGUCGUUGCGCCAUCUCCGAAAAUUGUUGAAGCCAGGAGGCCAUCUAGUGUUGCAAGAGAUUACCUCUGCACAGGUCGCUUGUGUCAACAUCGCGUUUGGCACGCUAGAGGGAUGGUGGCUCUCCGCGGAGAAAUGGCGACAAAACGGACCACUGGUAACCCAAGAGCACUGGAAUCGCGUGCUCAAGGAUAAUGGCUUCCAGGGAAUCGGCCUUGCUUUGAAGGAUUUCGAGGAUGACGCGUACCACAUUAGCACAAUUAUGGUGUCGCGAGCGUCUGAUGCACAAGACGACUUGCCGACUCAGGGCAAGCCAGUCGGUGCUCCCCGAGCACAACGCCGUCUCAUCACUGUCAAUGACCAAGAAUCAGCUUGUCAAACUUCCCUGGCGACAGAGCUUGGCCUGCUGGGCGAUAUCGAGCAAAUUGUUGUCAACUUUGCCACCAUUGGUCCUGAAUGGACGGCAUCGCCUGGCGACGUCGUUGUAUGUCUCAUUGACGUCGGAAGUCCCCGCUUUGCCGAUCUCAGUGAGCAAGACUUUAAAAGAUUCCAGUGGCUCAUUCAGGGCUCCAAGAACCUUUUGUGGGUUGGCGGAGGUGCAGGAGAUAUCUCCCAAUCGAGCAAGACUGCUGGCUCUUUGCCAUUCGAUCCGCGGAGUGGGAUUGCGACUGGAGCCUUGCGAACUAUUCGUUCCGAGGAGAGCCAUAAACGCAUCGUCUCUCUCAUCAUCGAUCAAGCACAGAACUAUGAGAUAAAAGAUAUGGCCACUUUCGUUGCCAAAAUUCUCGAUUCUUGCUUUGCCAAGGACGAGUCUCUCAACAGCCCUGAAGUCGAGUUCGCUGUCCAGGAUGGACACAUUACGAUUGGGCGCCUAGCGUAUGAGAAGCAGCUUGACGACGAGCGCGAGUCUCACGCACGACCACACGAGCAGAUCCAGGAUUGGUCAACCGGGCCAAUGUUGGCCCUUGAAAUCGAAAAGCCUGGCAUGUUGGAUUCGCUACGCUUUGUUGAGGACCCAUCUUACAAUGACGACCUUGCCGAUGAUGACGUGGAGAUUGACGCCGAGGCAUGGCCAGUGAGCUUCCGAGAUGUCUUUAGUGCUCUUGGCAAGGUCGGCAAUGGAAAGCAUCUUGGAUGGGAAUGCGCAGGCAUUGUCACCCGGGUGGGCUCUGAAAGCUCGAAACAUUUCAAGCCCGGCGAACGAGUUGUUCUGGGUACAUUCGGCUCAAUCAAAACUCGUCCCCGAAGCAAAAUGCAGUUUGUAUUCAAGAUUCCCGACAACUUGUCAAGUAUUGACGCAGUUUCACAUGUCAAUCCUGGCAUGACAGCUUGGCAUGGUCUGGUCAAUCUUGCUAGAUUGCAAAAGGGCGAGAAGGUGUUGAUUCAUUCGGCCGCCGGUGCUACGGGGCAAAUGGCAAUGAGUAUCGCCACAAUGAUUGGGGCAGAAAUUUAUGCCACCGUUGGCUCGGACGAGAAGAAGCAGUUUCUUCAAAAAGAGUUCAACAUACCAGAAACCCGCAUCUUCCAAAGCCGCGACACGUCCUUUGCGCAAGGUAUUGCACGCACAACAAAUGGGCAAGGAGUCGAUGUCAUUCUAAACUCUCUCGCCGGGGAAGGCCUGCAAGCUAGCUGGGAAUGCAUCGCACCUUUUGGACGAUUCAUUGAAAUUGGCAAAGUUGACAUCAUGGCCAACGCCUCGCUCCCAAUGGGUAUAUUUGCCAAGAACGUCACCUUUGCCGCUGUGGAUCUGGUGUCGAUUGUCAAGGCAAACCCUGCGCUGGGAAGACAACUUCUGGCCAGUACAAUGGAGCUUGUUGCCAAGGGCUCACUGCAAGUGCCAAAGCCUUUGCACUUGUAUCCGAUUGGAGAGACUGAAAAGGCUCUCAGAUUCAUGCAAAGUGGAAGCAGCACUGGCCGCAUCAUCAUCACCAAGACAGGGAAUGACCAAGUGACUACAUUCCUUGUUCAGAGAAGCGAGUGGCGCUUUGAAUCUGAUGCCACAUAUGUCAUUGUCGGAGGUCUCGGAGGCUUGGGCCGUGUGAUAAUCGACUGGAUGGUAUCCAAAGGCGCCAGAAACUUUCUCGUCCCUUCACGCUCCGGCGCCUCAUCCCAAGCCGCCUCGGACCUCGUGGCCCGACUAAGGGGUCAGGACAUUUACAUAGCAACGCCAAAAUGUGACGUCUCCUCGGCCGCCGAAUUCUCAAAGGUCCUGAGAGAACACACAGAUUUCAUGCCUCAUGCUCCAAUCAAGGGAUGCAUCAACUCCGCAAUGGCACUUCAAGAUGCGAUUUUCAGCAACAUGACACACGACCAGUGGAGUAGGACUAUUCAAUCCAAGGUACAAUCGAGCUUAAACCUGCACAAUCUUCUGGCUCCUGACGUGGACUUCUUUAUCAUGUUGUCUUCGCUGGUAGGCAUCUACGGUGCUAUGGGUCAAAGCAACUAUGCCGCCGGCUGUAGUUUCCAAGACGCCUUGGCCAGAGCUCGUACUGCCUCCAAGGCGUACCAGGGUACCUCGGUCUCGCUGGAUCUUGGAUGGCUGCUCGAUGCCGGUAUCGUCAGCGAGCGCGAAGACUACCGGCGGAAAUGGGAGGGUGCUCAGGAUAUUGCCGGCGUCGGCGCCACGGACCUGAUUGCGGUCCUGGAUCACUUUUGCGACCCGGCCCGGCACUCAAUGUCGGCACCGGACUCAUCGAGCUCUUCCCAUGGCCGCAAUCAAUUGCUGGUUGGCGCGGUGAUUCCAGCCGACCUGGACCGUCAUGGCGAGAGCAUCCCGCCAUCCAUGCAUUAUCCCCUGUUUGAUGGGUUCCGAGUUGACCCUAGUAGAAUCAAUGGCGGAGGCGGUUCCCUGAACUCGGUACCCGAAACUCAGAGCGCAAGUGCUCGGUUCCGGGCAGCCACGUCGUUUGAGGAAAAGUAUCAUGCCGUCAUUGAUGCCCUCAGAGAUAAAUUAGCUCGGGGUUUGGACGUUGAAUUGAGCGACGUGGAUAUAGGCAGGCCUGUUUCUAGCUACGGGGUUGACUCCUUGAUGGCGGUAGAGCUGCGCAACUGGAUGCGGAAAGACUACAAUGUUGACAUUGCCGUAUUUGAUAUUUUGGGAGGGACUACGGUGACGGGCUUGAGUCGGCUUGUCGCCACCAGGGCAGACGAAUCGGCCAAUGGACACGGCGAGAGAGACGCAGAAUAG